AAACUUAGGGGAAAGUUGGCAGUGGAGCACUAUGAUUUGCAAUUUUCUGUUUUAAUUUAUUAGUAUUUCUCUUCAGUGUGGUGAUUCCACUGUUCUCAACAAUCAAUCCCUUUCAAAAUUCAAUAUCUCACUGUAAUGACCAACUAAUAAGGUUUUUAAGUCUUCGUUUACCAUUCUUAUUUUAAUUGUUUCUUUUCUUAUUUACCAAUGGUCAGAUUUGUUGUCUAUAAAGUUUCUUUUCAAUUGAUCUGCGUUCCCUUCUUGUCCAACCCUUUCUCAGAGAAGACCAAUCUUCUCUUCUCAUCUGCACAGAUCAGUAAGUCCGCAGAAGGAUGUGGUUGUGUCGACGGUGAUGGUUGAUGGGUAUGGGAAAAUGGGGGAUGUUCAGAAUGCAAGACAACUGUUUGAGGAAAUGCCCGACAGGAAUGCUAUUUCUUGGAGUGCAACGAUGGCUGCUUAUUCUAGGGUGAGUGCAAUGCACAAGAACGUACACUUACAAAGACCCAACUGGAAUUCGUAUAUGUUUUCUCACCAAUAAUGUCAGAUUAAUGAAUGAAUGAGGUACGUACUGAGGUUUUUUCAGAGAUAACAAACACUCUCUCAAAUUUUCUUAAUAAGGAGAGGAACUUCUUUCUGCAUCAAAAAUGGAGGAGCAAUCUGAAGCAGCAAAGGAAGUAGUAAUCAACAUGGAAAAUACUGAAGGACCUUAUGAGGAUCUUGUUGAUGAGUCAUCAACUCCAAGAAGUAACCAAGAAAUACAAGAAGAGAGGCCCAAGAUACCAGAGGUUCCAGAUAAAAACGAAGGACCAGCACCUAUCAGCAAGAAAAAUGAAGGACCUCUUGAUCUCCCUCCUAAGCUUCAUUUCAUGCUUAAUCAGGCUGAAUUAUCAACUCCAAGAAGCAACCAACAACCAGAAAGGCACAAGAUACCAAAGCUUCCCAAGAUGGUUUUUUAUGAAAGAAAUUGCUUUUAUCCUCUUGUGGUUUCCAUCGGUCCUUAUCACCAUGGGUAUCUUCGCCUCAAAAAAUUUGAGGAACUCAAGACUAAACUGGCAUGGAAAUAUUGUAAAACUGCUGGGCUUGUUGAUUUAUAUGAGAGAGUCGAAAAGGUUGCUAGAGAAGCAAGGGAAUUCUAUGAUAUGGAAGGAUUGAAUGAUAUUGAUGAUGAGGCAUUCACAAAAAUGAUGUUUCUUGACGGUUGCUUCAUUCUAGAGUUUAUCAUGUUGUUGCAGGGGGUAAAAGAGUAUUAUGAUAUAGCGAUAAUUAAAAAAGACAUAUCUAAAGUCAAGCGAGACUUGUUCUUGUUAGAGAACCAACUCCCUUACAUUGUUCUCGAGGCGUUAAUGAAGGGCAAUGAAGAAUAUGACUUAUAUGAAUGGAAGAAGGGGAUUAAAAAUUUCAUCAAUAUGUGUCGAAGACUUCCUCCUGCAGUCAAACCAUGGAUGUCUGGUGUUAGGAAUUACUUCUUCUGGUCACCACAAAAACAUAAAUUUAAAUCUCCUCUUCAUCUUCUCGACAUGACGAGGACAAGAUUUGUGAAACAAAGUGCUACCUUGCCUUCUCGACAUCGUCACGUGUGGGAUAGGAUACUAGACGUUGUGCGCCAUUGUAUGGGAAUCAGGUCCACCCCAAGUGCUACCAGUGAUUGGUACUCCUAUCAUUCAGCCAGGGUGCUCAAGUCUGUGGGAAUCCGGUUCAGACCAAACAAAACAGGUAGAUUUAGCGAUAUCAAGUUUGAAUCUCAAAUGUUCAUCGGGAGAGUGCUCACACUUCCUCCGAUACUCAUAGAUGACUACACCGAAUCCCUGCUGCUCAACAUGUUGGCUUUCGAAUUAAGCUAUACAAACUUGGAGUACACACAGGUUGUCGCCUCUUAUUUGUGCUUCAUGGAAUCACUUAUUGACGAUGCUGAAGAUGUGAUGAUCCUAAGAUCCCAGAACGUCAUUGUUAGUUGCUUCAGAACCGACGAAGAAGUAGCACAUCUAUUUGCGAAAAUAGCAAGCAAUAUGGUCCCAGACCCUCAUAUGUAUGCCGAAGCUAAGCGUGGAAUUCAAAAGUAUUGCAAUAGCAAGUUCCAGCAAUGGAUGGCAGAAUGUUACAACACCCAUUUCACAAGCCCUUGGACGCUUCUUGCAUUAUGCGGUGCCAUUUCUGUCAUCUUGCUCACUGUGGCUCAGACUUUUCUGGCAGCUUGGCAGAGGAAAAAUUGAAUAAUUAUUAUUUAUACCAUCUUCUAAAGUUCGAAUUCCAAAUUUGAGUUGAGAGUAAUAUAGUUCUUCUGUCAAAUUACUGACAGUAUGUGGACUUCUUACCCCUGAUGCAUCUGAUAAAAGUUACACAUUUUUGUUCCCUUUCUGUUGAGAAUUUUGAUAAUUAAUCAGUAUGGAUUCAAUUGGAGGACCUCUUUAUGUCCGUCAAGUUAAUUAACCAUCCUUAAAGAUUGGCUUGCUUGGAUAGAGUUGCUCUUGAAGAUCUAUUUGUAUAGGCACAUAGAAGUCAAAUUAUCAAUAUUUUUGUUGCUUUUAAAACAGAGCCACUCUGUUUUGGUUUGUGACUGUAAAUCUUGGUUUGAACGUUGUCCCUCCUUCUCAUGAAAGCUUUCCUUGUAUUUAUUGCUGCAGUAAGCUAACUCUCCGUCAAGGUUGGCUUGGUAGCAUGCUGCACUUCGAACUCUUCUUUUACAGCUGCAUAUAAUCAAUCUUUUAAUACUUCUUAAAA